UUAAAAUCUCAGACGUAUCCUGGUUUUUUCUACAAACUUUUUUAGAUUAAUCUCAAAGUAUCUCAGUAGUUGUGGCAGAAAAUGUCUCUCUUCUUAUCUACGAUGACCCUAAUACGCCGCCGUAGAUCCUUAUCAAAGCUUAAAACGGGACUUUUACUCGAGCCAACAUGAGGUCGAGCCUCCUGCAAAGCAGUCUGACCCGCGGGUGUAAAGUUACGAGCGCCCUCCGCGUAGGACACACCUCCAGAGGGAGUUUCCUGGGAGCCGAGCAGGAGCCUCCUGCUGCUGCUGCAGAAAGCUCCGACUCGGAGAGGUCGCUCUGCAGGUCCGCAGUUCCUGCAGCUCCGGACGGGAAAGCGCCCGGGAUGGGCCACUCUUUACGCGCGGCUGCCCUCCUGGCCUUCGUGGUCCUGUCUGUCCUGGUGUCGCUGCUCAUUACGAGCCUGAAGCAGUUUGGAUCUGGAUCAACGCGCUUUUUCAACGCCACCAAUCCGGAGGAGCUGCGCAGGGGGCUGGAUGACCAACUCCGGGAGAGACGGAAAGAAAUCCUCCCGCUGCUCCUGCCUCUUGCUGAUGGUGAUGAGAAAAACGGAGUUUUGGGAGAAGCUCAGCACUCCUCCGACUCAGCUUUGGAUCUCAGUUUGUGGAAUGAGGUCACGCUUGGCACCGGGAAGGCGCACCGGGAUCAGAUGGGCUGCGAGUCCUUAGUGGACGUGCGGGCGGUGGAGGUGCUUGGGUCGGGAUACACCAAGCUGGUGGUGAAGGCGAAUGUGGCCGGAGGUCAGGCCGUGGCGCUGAAGAUGGUCAACGAGCAAGGCGUCGACAUGAGAAAGUGCUUGAAGGAGUUUAAGGACGCGCAGGGCUGCCGGGAGCUGGUCUCCUACAAGCUGCGGAAAGAAAUGCUGCUGCUGCAGAGACUGCGCCAUCCCAACGUCAUCAAGCUGAAGGGCCACUGUUCAGGAGCCCAUGGAGGAGGAGGAGCAGGAGGAGGAGGAGGAGUGGAGAGAGGAAGAGUGGCUGUCAUUCUGGAGCAGGGGGCUCCUCUCCAGAUGAUCCAGUUGCUCCAGACUCCCUGGGAGGACAGAUUCAGGGUGUGUCUGGAUCUGGUCCGGCUGCUGCACUUCCUGUCCCGCUCUCCGCUGGGCUCCGUGGGGCUGCUGGACUUCCAGCCGCGGCAGUUCGUCACCGUCUCCGGCCAGCUGAAGCUCACCGACCUGGACGACGUCAGCGCCGGGGAGCUCGCCUGCCGGACGCACGCCGACUGCACGCUCAAGUUCCCGCACAGGAACUUCACCGUGCUCUGCUCGACGCGGGGCGUGUGCGACGGCCUGAACGAGAAGAGGAACAUUUACAACGCCUACAGGUUUUUUUUCACCUACCUGCUGCCUCACCAGGCCCCGCCCGGCCUCACACACCUGGUCGACCACAUCAUGAACACCACAGGGGAGCUGAAAGCCGACAUCAAUCAGACUCUGCAGGCCUUUGAACACAUCCUCCUCCUGUACAAAUCGGGCCUCCACCUGGACAACCUGCACCCUUCGGCCCUGAGAGAUUACACUGUGAUGCGAGACAUGAGCACCUCUGGGAACGGGGAGUACCGCUGCUGGCCAUCCUACAGCCAGCAGGGCUGCGUUUUGUCCGUCCACAGCGCCAGAGAGGCUGCGCACAUCUGCAACUCCCACUCUCAGUGCAGCAGCUUCACUCUGACCGGGCAGAAGACGUGGACGGGCCACCACCUCGCUUCGUUCAGGAGCAGCUUCGGCCUCCUGGUGCCCGACUCCGCCUCGGAGGUCUACGUGAAGAAAAGCAGAGUUCCCCAGCCGCCGCUGCUGCCGCCGCCGCCGUCGUCUUGACCUGCUGCCGCAGCGGUCAGCGCUAACUUGAAGUGAGAGCUGAAACACGGCUGGUUGAUGGGAAGCGAAGCGGGAGCGCUGCGUUUAUGCGGAGAACUGAAGUCUCUCUGUGAACAUGCUGACCGCAGCUCGGCCCGGCUGCAUGAGGAGCGGGAGGCUGUUUGAAGUGAAUGUGUUGUAUUUAUAAGGCUUCUGCUCAGCCACUGUUUGAUCCGCCUGCCAGCUCGCUGCCUCUGCCAGCUACUAUUUAAAGGGAUUUCCCUUUAGGUACAAUUAAGGAGGGAGAGCCUUGUGCCCUCACUUAUUUUGUUUUUUCCUUUAUUUGCCAUGUGUCUCGACUUUCGCCAGAGUUUAAAAGCGGACCUCGGAGUUCGGCGUUUGACGAGAAGCGAAAACAAGUUCAGAGAGAAGCGGACUUUGAUGAAGGGCGCUGAGGUCGGGGUUGUGUUUUCAUGGUUGUCUGGAUUAAGCUGCAGCCAUGUGAGCUGGGACACAGAUAAUUAAAACCAUUCCACAGAA